CUUCAAGCAAACAACUUGACAUGAUAUGUUUCUCACACCUUAGUGGAUUUUUUUUUCAACGUUGUUACUUAAUUGAUGCCACUGUGGUCGAAAGUUUCUCCGCAAGAAGAUGUCAGUCGAUAAAGACGAGACGCAACAGAGGUUAAAGGCAGCAGUCCAUUAUACGGUGGGACGCCUGUGUCAGAGGAUGGGAGAGGACCACCGGAGAGAGUUCAGUCGACAAGUCAUAGCAGCGAUAGCCGAGACAGCAUUCAGACAGUGUGAUGUAUUUGCUAAAGACCUGGAGGCCUUUGCAAGGCAUGCUAAAAGAAGCACAGUGUCUUCCGAAGAUGUAAAGCUUGUAGCCCGUCGCAGCACUGCAUUGUCCAUCUACAUACAAAAUAAAAGUGAAGAACUGAACCAGGAGCAGAGGGAUUUGAAAAAGAAGAAUGCUGGGAAGAGGAAGAGCAGAGACACGGAGGAGAGCAGAGAAUAAGGACAAGACAAAGGCAGGCCUGCAGUGUCUCACUUGUGCCCAACAUUAAAAUAAACAUGAAGGCUGACUAAUACAUGACAAUAAGUUAAGUGUAAUAAAAUGUGCCAUAGGAUGCUAUGGGAAAUGAUGCAUUUCAACUUU